UCGUCUUUUUUAGCUAUAAGUACAAUGAAAAGUUUUCAUAAUUCAUCAGAACGUCAAAAUGUUGAGAUCCAACGAAUUUACUGUUUUUAUAUUAGCUUUAAGCUGUAUUUUCGUUGAAAGCGAUAUUAUUCCUUCGCCAGCCGUUUGUGCAACAUAUCCAAACGAAGAGUUUGCAAUUGAUCUUACGAGAUGCCAAAACACUUGUGAAUAUUAUGGACGAACUUGGGAUUGCCCCAUCAAUUAUAAACCGAAUGGUGAUUGUUACUGUAAACCUGGAUUUGCUAGACUCAAGGAAGAUGGAAAAUGCGUAUCAGUUACAACGCACGCAAAAUGUGUGUCCAGAUUACCCAUUCAGCCAGAAUCGUGCAACAAGCCCAACGAAAUUUACACCGAAACAGUGUAUGUGGGUGUAUGUGAUAUAAGUUGCCGAACACAUGGGUGUUUAUCGACUUCCGUUUAUACAUAUUCAGCCCAACCAGUAACCGAAGUGAGAUGGGGUCCUCACUGUACUUGUGGUAGAAAUGAUGCGGAAACGUAUUCUUAUUCUUCACUAAAAUACAAACGACUCAGUAACGGACAAUGCGUAGCUUUAUCGGAUCCACAAUGUGAAGCAGAAUUUCAACCAUCUCCAGCACGUUGUGCAGCAUUGGGACAAAUAUAUAUUGUAAAUGCACCAUGUCAAGCGUUAUGCUACGGUGGACAGUAUUGUCCUCCACCAGGUCCUACAUGUAUUUGUCCACCAAAUAAAAUUGGAAAACGUCACCAAACGUUUUAUCAACCGUAUUCGGGAAACUAUUAUCAUAUAGAUAUGCUCACUUGUUAUAAUCCAACAGCUUGUCCACCUGCAACAGCUGGUGGUGGAGGAAACGAUUAAA